AUGACAGAGCAUAAGCACGGAAGAGAGGUACUACCUAGCGAGGACGGAAGGGCAAGAGAACCAAGGGGCGGGGUUCCCAGUGGCGGGGAGGUUUGGGACGGCUGGGCUGUCGAGCAGUGGUCUCCGGUUGCCGGCCACCGGAGUGGAAUCGUCGUCUCUCCGGUUAGCGACAUUGUUGCGGGCACUGAAGGAGGAUUUCUUAGAAGGGGUCGAAAACAUUUUUGUUCCUUACAGCGUGAUGGGUAUAGGGUUUACACUUCCGCUUUCAACAUUUUUGGAAAAGGAAGUUUACCUGUAGACACCAUUUUCGCAAAUCCAGCUCUCUGUGCGCUGAAUAAGCCGUAG